GCGACGGGUCUUCGGGCCCAGGAACAAAGCACUCGGCGGGGCCGCUGCGGGAGGGCUUGGCAUCCAAACUUGCAGCGGAACUACGCGUGUAAUCUGGAGUUCCCCUGCCAUCCGACCGCCAGCGAUGCGGCCGAUGAACCAUGAACAGCGAGUAGCACCAUGCAGCGCCUGUUCGCCAUUUUUCUCGGAUGGGCCUUGCUAGGCUCCGCGCUUGGUGCUGCUCUCGUCCCGGGCAAGGCCUUCGAGCGGUUCAUCACCAUCUGGCUGGAGAAUCAGGACUACGCAAAGGUCGCCGUCGAUGCUAGCAUCGCCGAUCUAAAGCGCCGGGGCAUCUUGCUGACCCGAUACUACGCCCAUACCCAUCCGAGCCAGCCCAACUACGUGGCCGCCGUCGGGGGCGACUACUUCGGGCUCAACCACGACGACUUCGUGCGCAUCCCCGACAAUGUCGCAACCGUGGCCGACCUCCUGGAGGCUAAGAGCAUAACAUGGGCCGGUUAUUUUGAGGAUGUGCCCGGUCCGGGCUACAUGGGCAAUCACAGCGACGGGUCGACCGGGAAUGGCGGCUGGGACUACGUGAGGAAACACAACCCGUUUGUGUCGUACGACAGCAUCACCAUGAAUGGGGAGCGGCUGCUGAACCUGCUGUCCUUUGCCGACUUCGAGCGCGCCUUCGCCGCGAGGGCGGUUCCCCAGUUCGUCUUCAUGACGCCCAACAUGAUGAACGACGGCCACAACACGACCCUCGACUUUGCGACAGCGUGGUCGCACAAGUUCCUGCAGCCUCUGCUUGAAGACGGCGCGUUUGACGAGCGCACCCUGAUUGCGCUCACGUACGACGAGUCCGAAACCUACAGCGAGCCCAACCACAUUGUCACCCUGCUCCUGGGCAGCGCCAUCCCGCCUUCGCUCAAGGGCACGCAGGACGACACCUUCUACACGCACUACAGCAUCCUGUCGACCGUCGAGGCCAACUGGGGCCUGCACAAUCUGGGCAGAUACGAUGUCGGCGCAAACGUCUUCCAGUUCGUCGCAGACCUGGCCGGAUACACCGAGAACAAGGACCCCGAGAAUGCGGCGACCGUGAACAACUCGGUGUCGUACCCGGGCAUGCUGAACAACGAUCCCGCAAAGCUCCUUCCGAUUCCCGUGCCAAACACCAAGCUCCGCGGGGCUGGCGGACUUCCGGUGCUACCGUCGAUCGAGAUCGCCUGGUCGGGGUCGCUUGGGUCGCCGACGCCCUACGAUGGCAGCGGCCGGGUGUGUGAUGGCGAUAAAAACCUGCCCAUCUACAACAGCCCGGGAGCUAGUCUGCCAUAAUGCUCCGCUUGUUGUUCUUAGUAACUUGGAUAGCCGGGAACACAGCCUUCAACCUCGUCGUCGCUCUCCAAGCUCCAAUGAUAGGCGCCUGAUGGGGCGCCGUGAAAGGCCGCCAC